AUGAAGAGUGCUGAGACCCAAAAGCGUCAAAAACCGCCAGCCUUCCUGAAAGACCUGGAUUGGCACAAGUUCGAAGCAGCUGCUCUACCUGUGACAAAGGUGUACAACCCACCGCAGUUGGUCAGCAGCUGUAAGGGAGUUUGUGCCCGUGUCUCCAUGUGCUUCAACUGCUUGUUUACCCAUCGCUCACCUGUCUGUGCUAAGCCGCUGAUCCCGUGCUGUUGUGCCAGCGCUGUGCAGGGGUGCAUCCCAAAGUUGGCGGAUGUGAAGCUUUCGGAACCAGAUGAAUGGUUUGUGAAGAUGCUCAGCGUUGAGCACCCGAACACUCCCGAGUUCUUGAAGGGGAUCUUUUGGAUGGAGGACAACUAUGCCCCCGAAGUCCUGUUGACAUUUCAAGACAUGGACUGGGUCUCGGGAGAGCAAGGGUACUUCAACCCCAAGUACAGUUGGACGAACGAUCCAACUUGUAUCGGCACGACGUGCUUGUGCAUGCAUCUCAACAACUCUCCAAGCACUGCAUGGCCGUUUACAUUAUCACCAAACGGCAAGUGGAUCAACAUCAACCCACAGUGGAUCUACAUACCUGGAGAGGGUGAGACCAUCACGCGACCAGAUGGCUCUGUUGUGGAGAUGGGGCCAAGGGACAUGAUUCGAGUGAGCUUUAAGAAUGCCAGUGAUCCGACAUCAGGAAUGAACUACCAGUACCUCGUACGCCUCGUGGCCUACGUGGAAGAUGGAAAGCUCAUCAAGACAAAGGCCUACGAUGAGCUUCGCCGGAGAGCAACGAUGAACAACAUCAUCGGUGGCUGCCCCUGGGGCUACUACGACUGCUCGGCUGUCGGAGAGAACUACAUCUUCGAUGCGUACGAACCAUUGUCAGAUCGGCAGAGGCUCCUGUUCCCUCCGCCCCUGGAGGUCAUGUGGCCCGAUUCGAUGCCUGCUGUGUAG